GCCCCGCACUUGUUCCGCGCCGCCCGCCAGCCCGCCCGGCCCCUAGCCCGCAAACUCUCCCCGAAGGAGCGAGGCGCUGAAGCAGGCAGGGAGGCGGAGAGCACUGAGCCCGGGGGCCGGCCGGGCUGAGGGACGGAGGGGCAGGGACCCAGGCGCCCCUCCCCGGAGCCCGGAGCAUCCCUGGGCCGGCAGCGGGGCUCCGGGCCGGGCUGGAUUCCGAGAGGGGCGCCCUGCCCCUCUCUGCCCCCUUUCCGUGCCCUCGCUCCGCGUCCGCUCCCCGCUCCGCGCCCUGCCCCGUGCGCUCCGGACAGACUGACCGAUAAGUGGACGAGGAGUGGCACGAUGCCCGGGAGCCUGGCGGGACUCGGGCUGGGGCUGGCGCUCGCCUUAGCCCUGCUGCUGCUGCUGCUGCUGCGCGGAGCCUGCUCCCGGUCCGGGGAGCCUCUGGACGCCGCAGGACAGUGCCGGCCGCCUGGAUCGCAGGGAGACCUGAACUCCUUUCUCUGGACCAUUCAUCGGGACCCUCCGGCCUACCUGUUUGGAACCAUCCACGUUCCCUACACCCGGGUCUGGGACUUCAUCCCGGACAAUUCAAAGGCAGCCUUCGAGGCCAGCGCCCGGGUCUACUUUGAGCUCGACCUCACCGAUCCCUACACCAUCUCGGCCCUGGCCAGCUGCCAGCUGCUGCCCCAUGGCGAGAACCUCCAGGACGUGCUGCCCCGCGAGCUCUACCGGCGCCUCAAGCGCCAUCUGGACUACGUGAAGCUCAUGAUGCCCACCUGGAUGACGCCGGACCAGAGGGGCAAAGGCCUCUACGCCGACUACCUGUUCAACGCCAUCGCCGGCAACUGGGAACGCAAGCGUCCGGUCUGGGUGAUGCUCAUGGUGAACUCGCUCACGGAGACCGACGUGCGCUCUCGGGGCGUCCCCGUGCUGGACCUCUAUCUGGCUCAGGAGGCCGAGCGCAUGAAGAAGCGGACGGGAGCCGUGGAGAGGGUCGAAGAGCAGUGCCAUCCGCUCAAUGGGCUCAACUUCUCUCAGGUGCUGUUUGCCCUGAAUCAGACCCUGCUCCAGCACGAGAGCCUCAGGGCCGGCAGCCUGCAGGCCCCCUACACCACCGAAGACCUCAUCAAGCAUUACAAUUGCGGAGACCUCAACGCCGUCAUCUUCAACCAUGACACAUCCCAGGUAAAGCCUGCUGGGGGGGAAGGGCUGCGGGGGAGCAGCCGAAGGGAGGGAGGAGGAGAGCCAGGGGCGAUCAUCCCCACUGCCAACCCCCUCAGCGUGCACAAAGCCUUUUCUUCUCCACGGCCCAGUAGGAGGGCGCCUGGCCGAGCUUGCUUCCUGUUUCUGGGGGGCAUCUGUGUCUACCCCUUUCCAGGACUGGGCCUGAAGGGGCCCCGAGUCUCGUGGCUAGCAGGAAUCCCAUUCAGCUAUCAAGUCCAGCUGAGCAGGGAUCCCCAUUACGACCCACUAGCCAGGGCUCUGCUGGAAGGCCUUCAGUCAUGGGGAACUCCUUACAUCCUGUGUAACCCGUUCCAUGUGCCAUGGAGCAUGGAGAAAGGGGCUCCCCCCUUAGCCGCCUCCGACUCAUCCGCCGAGGUUGGGCUCAGUGCUGCUGGGGAGCACGGGGACAGAAGGAGGAAACCAGGUCUGGAAGGGCCAGAACAUGAGGCCCGGGCCCGGCUCUGGGUGGGGCUGUGGCAGCCGGCCAUCCUCAGCCAACUGGCCCCAGAUCUUGGAGUUUCCUGGAAUGGACAAUCCGCCAAAAACACAGGCCUUGGGCCAUCCCCCUGCCAGCCCCUCGGACCAUGGCACCGUCCAAAGCCAGUCCGGACCCAGGAGGACCAGAUCCAAGUCCUUGUCCUACUCGAGACCGAAAUUAUUAUUGAAAGAAUGCUUCCUGGUGCUGCCCCUGGGACCUCAGGCCGGGCCGAGAGGCCCAGGGCCUGGCACCCUGAUUCCGGCAUGCUGCCCGGCUGCCCCUCCUGCAGUCUCCAGGAAUACUGGCUCUGCAGGAGCAGCCAAGGCCCGCCUCUGGCACACAUGGGCUGGCUGAUCCUGAGCGAGACAGCCGGAUUCCUGCCUGGGGUACAGAGAGAGCCCUCAUCUUCCUGCCUGGCAGCUUUCCUGAGAGCUCCCCCCCGCCGACGCCUCCCAGAGGCCCUUGCGCCUUUCUGUCUCACCCCCCCCUCCAGCCCAGUACAGCUAGUGGGCACUUUUCAGCAUGAGCGCAGGGCUGACUUUUGGGUUGUGCCCCCCGAGGUCAGCCUUCAGUACUUCUGGGUGGUGGGGCUGACUGGGGUCUCAGAGCACAAGCUGGGGAAGCUCGGGGUGGAGGAGGAGCAAUGGGGCUCUUCCAUCCGCCCUUCAAUCAGCCAGGAACGAUUCAUUAACUGCCUACUAUGUGCAGCACCAGACCCCGUGGUCUCCAAAGAUUCCCCCCAGAUACUGAGCUAUAGUCCUACCCCAGUGCUUAGCAUACAGCAGAUGUUCUUCUCGUUUGCUAUUUCAGGUCAUUUCCUGGGGAACAACACUGUGAUUGACGUCCUGCGCCAGGCUGGGUUCGAGGUGGAGCAUACCCCGCCAGGGAAGGCCGUGCACAGCUCCAGCCCCCGGAGUUCCCAGCCCCCUUCUCCAGAGCCCGUUGUGACCAUGGCCCCCACGGUGCCACCGAUGGAGCACAGCCCACCCUCCUCCCCGGCCUCUACGCCCCCUGGGCCAGAGGACGAAGAGGAGGAAGAGGACGACCUCCUGUCCCCCCACCUUCUGCUCUCCGACAGCCUGAGCCAGCUGGAGGAGUUUGGGCGACAGAAGAAAUGGCGGCGGAAGCAUCACAAGCAGCACCGACCGCGGCAGUUCAACGAUCUGUGGGUCCGGAUUGAGGACAGUACGACGACAGUGCCUUCCCCAUCCAGGGCCACCAGUGCCUACGACACCGCCAAGCCUCCCACCAGGUUUGCCAAACAGCUGGAACAUCGGCCGCCACCGGCCCCGCCAGAACCCCCGGGACCCUCCGGAAGCUCAGCCGCAGUCGCUUCUCCAUUGACUUCCUUCCUUCUCUUCACAACCGGCACCAUCCUCCUGCAAAUGGUGGGGCCAUCCUGACUUCCACCGACCCCAGGUGCAAGAGCUGGAGUAGAGACUGUGGUAAAUGAUGAAUUGAUUCUGAGGGUGUGGCUGUCCUCCCUGGCCCCUGGAGCGCUCCUGGGGAAUGAGGAUUCUGGCCCCCUGGGGAGGACUUGACACAUUUCUGGGAAACACUUUCUCAUGAUACUGACUUACAUCUUCUUUUUUGUAGAAGGAUCUUAAUUUCCCCUAGUACUAUGGGGCUUGUUUUGUAAUAUAUUUGUCCAUGUUUUAAAAAGAAGCAUAUUUAUUCUAUGAUAAACUUAUUUUUAUGAUGUAUAUGUUAAUAAUACACUUAUUAAACUGUAUUGCCGGCCACCUAGCUAAAUGAAUAUUUCCUAUCUGUGACUUUAGUGCCUUCCUCCCUAAGGGUCUGGCGAGAGCUUUAGACUGGGGGAGGGGAGUCACUGUUUGUAUUUUGCCUCCCCCAGGAACUAGAGGCUUGCAGUGGCUCCCCAUACUUUAGGGGAAUUGGGAUGACAGACUUUUGCAUGACGCAUGGUCUUGGAGGAAUAAUAUCCAAAAUGGGAGCCUUACCUCUGACCCUGGACAGUAGUUGCCCCCUUGGGGCCUGUGGUUUGGCGGAAUAGGUGAGGGUGCUUUGUCCCAUCACUGGGAGGAUUUUUGCUCAUGCUUAUGCUGCUAUUGUGAAAGCCCCCAGAAGUCACUGCAUUCACUUGGGACCCCCGGGCAAGUGAUCUGACCAAAGCAUAUAGAGAGUAGUGUUCCUUCAUGUGGCAGUGAGGCAAUGAGCCGUCACCAAGAAAGAGGGAUGCCCAGAGUUGGAAGAAAGCUUUGAGAUCAAGCCCCGUCCCAUCAUUUUUCAGUGGUGGAAAUUAAGGUUCAGAGAAAGGAAAUGAUUUGUCCAGAGUCCCAUAAGAAAUGACUAAGAGAAGUGAGACUGGAGCACAGGUCAGGAAAAAUAGAUCUCUGAAGGAAGCCCUGGAAGGAGUGAAGAUGAGUAAUAUUAUCCCUAUUUGGGGGAAACUGAGGCCCAGCAACAUGAAGGAAUUUAUUUGAAGUCAAAUAAAGGACUUUCAUAGAAUUUAGAAAUGAAAAGAAACUUAGAAACCAUAACAUCUAAUUCCUUUAUUCACAGACAGGAGACUAGACAUGUGGAAGGACAGCGUCUUGUACUCAGGUCUUACCAUAAGUGAAGGAUUAUUCUGUGUUCUCAUGCCUCUAGGGCUGACUGGAUAAUUUGGUCUCACCAUUGAGGUUUCUAUAAUUUAGAAGAAACCUUAGAGAUGGCAAGCAGUGGAGGUCAAUAAAAGUAAAGAAGGUUCCCACAGUUCCUUGCAGCCAGAGCUGGAACCCAGGGCUUUGGAUUCCCAGCUAAAACAUUUUUGCUCUCUCAUGAUGGGGAUUCCGAUCACUGUGCAAUGGCUCUCCUCCAUGGCUAAGGGCAGGGGGCAGAGGGCAGGGAGAGGCCCUGGGGUUGGCAGAGGGACAGAAUAUGCCCUUUGCUUUUUCUGAACUCAGAUGGUAGAAAGGCCAGGAGUUAGGAUAUAGGGGCAGAGAGCACAGCCAGGCCUGUGGCAGCCAUCUGGUCAGAGUUGUCUCUGUGUGAGUGAGAAUCAUGGCUCAGUCGAGGGCCAGGGCCAGGGUCAGGGAAUGGCGAGUCUUGGGUCUCAAUCUCUGCGGCAACCUCAAAUUUCCUACCAAGACUGGCUCAUCGAGAACAUACUUGGCCCCUGAGUCAGCCAGUUGGCCAGGACCCAAGAUCUUUCCUGAGUUGCCAUUGUGCCCGUGCCUCUGCUUAGGUACAGGUGAGUUCCUACUUUGUGGAUGCUCUGGUGAUGGAGAAAAUCCCCAUGCAACAAGUCGUCCAAUGACAGAAAUCACAAAGCAUCCUCCAGGAAACAUUAUGUCACAGUAGAAAGUGCUAAGGGGCUCGGGGCUCCAGAGGCUCCGCUCAGCUCCGGGAAAUCGAGGGGACCGAGAGGAGGCUUCCUGGAGAAGGAGACCCCUCUUAGAGCUAGCUUAAGAAAAGGAGUAGCAUCAUUUGAAUAGAAGUUGAAAGCCCGUUUCUGGACCCUGUCAAGGCUGCUUCCCCAGGGCUCUGGAGCAGGAAGAGAUCUCUGGGACAACAGAGAUGUUGCCUUCAUGUUCAGGAAUCAAAGAAGCCCAGGAUCUCCUAGUCUGAGCUGGAAGGAAGCUCAGUGAUGUUACCCAUGAACCACCAUCCCUGUACCCGUCUCUCUGGGGGAUAAUUAUUCGCCUCUUCUCUAAGGAAAAGGGAGCUCCCUACCUCUCAAAGCAGUCCAGUUCUCUUUGGGAUUGCUGAUGGUUAGACCCUAAGAAUCUGUUUUCCUAGCCCUAAUAAUCCUUUGUAAUGACAAGGAAGGAUGCUGGGAAUAACUGAAUUCAGAGCCAGAGGAUCAACAUUUCGAACUGUAGGUCACCUUGGAAUUGCUUAGUUCCCUCCCUCCUCCCCUGCUGAGCCCCUGCACCCAUUCCUCCCACCCCCCGACUUUACAAAGGAAGGCAACAGGGUCUAGAGCAGGCGAGUGAUUGUUCAAAGUUGUAAAAAGCUGGAAAGGACCCCAGACACUCUCCGUCCAACCCUCUCAUCUUAGAAGGAAAAGGGACCUAGAGCUGGGCAAGUAAUUGGCUUAAGGUCAUACAGCUUUUAGGUCUCAAGGCCAGAAUCUAAACCCAGGUUCUGAGACAUGGCAGACCGGGGGUCUGGGGAGUGUCUGGGCCCUCUCCAGCUCUGGGUCCUGGGAAGUGAUCCCCAGGCAGAAGAUCUGGCCCCAAAGUGGCCAAGCAUGGGACUGACUGUUCCUGGGAUGGUGAUGACACGCUGCUGUGGCUUCCUUCAGACCCGCGGCCCCACGCUCUCUGAGCUCGGGGCCAGAUGCCGCUCUGAUGAGCCGGGCUCCACCCUCCUGGGGCUGCUCUUCCAGAGGCUUCAUUCCAGGGCCAGGGUGAUGCAUGGAAAACGGAGCAGACCUUCCCCAGGGUCCCCUCGCCCCUUGUGGUCCCCACACUGGGAACGGAACGCAAAAUCUCCGGCAUCCUGGCCGGCUUCUUCUUGGCAAGGAAGACACUUCCGACUUCUGAGAGAAAGGGGCUUAGCGAGCUUAGGAGGGGGGCUCCAGCGGCGUGUUGGACAUCAAACAGAGCUUGCAAAACAGGAUUUUGGUGAGAUAAGUGUAAAGGAAUUAGAAACACACGGGCCAGACUUCCCUCUGACAUGCCCGCUGCCGCCUCUGGGGAAGCUGGCGUGGGGAGCGUGGCUUCGGUUCUGUAGGAAAGAAAUGUUGGCAAAAACAGCCCCUUGACAGAGCUUGGCCCCAAGAAUCCCCUGUGCCCAGGCCCUGGGUGGGGCCAUGUCCUGACUCACUUUUUCUGCUUUCCUUCCUAUUAACUUUGGAAACGACAGACAAGGUCAUCCUUCCAGGUCUCUGUCGUCCAGAUGAGGAAAGUGAAUUGGAAGGUGAACUUUUUGAGAGCCCGACUGUCCAAUUUUUCAAUUUAUAUUUCUAGUCUUUGCACAGUGCUGUGUAUACAGUAAGCACUUCAUCAAUGCUUCAUUCAUUCAAAUGAGGCUACCCCAAAGUGCUGGUCCUCUGAGGGAUCUUUUUUGUCAGUCAGUCAACAGGUAUCGUUAAGUGUCUCCUGGGUUUCGUGUCCUGUGCUCAGUAUUUGGAAUACAAACACAUGAUAAAAUCCUUGUCCACAGUAGGCUAACUCUCUAAAGUCCAUCUUUCUGAGCUGGGAGAAUUGUCUCUGCAACUCUCUGCCAAGUGGUCACACAGCCCCUGUUUGAAGACUUGAAGUGACAGGGAACUCACUACUUGUCAAGACGGCCCAGUCCACAGUUGAAUGGCUCUAAUGGUAAGGAAGAUUUUCUUUAGAGCCAAUCUAAAUGUUUCUCUUUGUGGCUUCCCCGCCUCCUCCUUGUUUUGCCCUUUUGGCUCAAGUUGAACGAGAGAUCCCUCUUCCCCACAAGAUCCUUUAGGAUUUGAGGUUGGAGCUGUUGUCUUGUUUUCUUGUACCUUGAUAUCCCCAGUUCCAUGAAUUGAUGCUUGUACAGCUUGGUCUUUGAUCCUCUUACCACCUGGGCUGUCUGUUUCCGUACAGCCCCUUGACUUGGCCAACCUGAGUCCACUAUAUCCCUUCUCCUCCACGUCCUGUUCCAGUUGGGAACCUGACAUCCUUUCUGGCUGCCCUGGGGCAAGGUCACCUUUUCCUGAAGCGUCCAGUGGCUCAGCGGGCUGGGCUUUGUCCAGUCCCAGUCACUGGAGGAAGCCCUUUGGGAUGCUCUCGCCCAUGUGGAGCUGUUCUCUGCCUGCGGCAAUCAACACUUUGGGAACAUCUUCAAUGAAACUCUUUUAGGUCCCCGGCCAAUCCAUGGCCAAGAGAACUGGCUUUGAGACAAGAGCUUGAGAAUAAAUGGCGAGUUCUUGCAAUCACAAACACAUGUCCACAUGAAAUGGGAUGUCAACAUGUGUGAUGGCUCCAUGUGCAGAUGUGACUCGUGACUCAGGUCCCUGUCCCAUCCUCCUCUCCCUGCCUCGAUUAUUCCAGAGCAAACUGACAGCCCAUCCGUGGACACUGGGCAUAAUGAAUGGAUGGAGCCAGAACCUGUUUUUUUCCAAAAUGGAUGCCUGCCUGAGGCACCUCCUCCAGGCCUCCAUCUUUGGAAUUUCUGGUUGUCACAGAGUUAUGGGAUUUAGAGUUGGCAGCAGUGCUGGAACGUAGACCGUGGAGCAUCAGAGCUAGGAAGGAUCAGAGGAACAGAGAAAGUCAGAGUGGGAGACAUUUACAAUAUGGAAUAUGAAAUGUUCCAAAAGACUUUAGGGCUCAUCUCAGUUACAAAUGGGGAAAAUGAGGCUCCAGUUGCUGACAGAAGUAGCUUUUUGGAUAGUCUGGAGUCAGCGGUGUUGAUAUGGGGUAAAUGAACAUUCUGAACAUUAAGCAGGGAGAUCUGGGUCUUACUCCUAACUGUCUCCCAUUUGCCAUGAGUUGAUUGGGUAAAACCUGGUCUUUCUGUGAAUCUUAAUGCCAGAUUUUGUAAAGGAGGAAGUCAUCCCAAAGUCCUCUCUGCUGCUAAAUCUGAGGAUGUGACUUCAUCUCUCUGGGUCUCAGUUCUUUUGCUUGUUAAAGAGGGGUAACAACCCGCUCCUCCCAGGCUUCCCAAAGCACUAAAUAAGGACUGAUGUGGGGGAAAGGUACAGUCAGUAUUUUAAACCAAAGCUGGGAGGGGCUCUGCCUUCUUUUAGUUGAUAGAAGAUUGCGGUGUAAGGGGUGAGAGAAAGAGUAAGAGCUCCCAAACGUACUUCCCUUGGCCCCACACCAAAUCAGUCCAAGCGUCAGCUCACGAGCCUUCCUAGAAAACACUGGCUGAGUUCUAUUCAGUACGGAUACUAGCGUUUUUGUCAGGCUGAGGGGUCACCCAUUCUAAGGAGAGGCCACAGGUAUCUCUCUGGCCUUCCGAGCCUCCAGGAGGAGGCUGACUCGAGAUCUUUCCCAGAAAUGUGCCUGACCUUUGUCCUCUUUCACUGGGGAUGCCGGGACCUCUGCUGACCCUCCCAAUCUAUGGGCAUCCCUUGGAAAGAGCACCUCUGGAAUGUUGGGUUUGAAAUGUUUCCAAAGCAAAUGGGUGGGUUUUCAUCCCCCCCACACACACACUCCUCUUUUGAAGUUUUGUGAAGAAUUUCCUAAAGAAUGUAAUGAACAGAAGAGAAAAAAUGUUAUUAAUGUUAUUUUGUCAAGAUAUUUUUGUAGCAUAAUAUAUUAAUAAUAAAAG